AUGGCUGGGAAUAUGAAGGUUUUGAAUGCGCUUGAUUCCGCAAAAACACAAUGGUAUCACUUCACAGCAAUCAUAAUAACUGGUAUGGGAUUUUUUACUGAUGCCUACGAUCUCUUCUGCAUAUCUCUAGUCACUAAGUUGCUUGGACGUAUUUACUACCAUGUCGAUGGCUCUUCAAAGCCUGGUUCACUACCUCCUAAUGUUUCCGCUGCUAUCAAUGGUGUCGCCUUCUGUGGUACCAUUGCGGGACAACUCUUCUUUGGAUGGAUUGGUGACAAAAUAGGAAGGAAGAAAGUCUAUGGCAUAACCCUUAUGAUUAUGUCUAUCUGUUCCAUUGCUUCUGGCCUUUCUUUUGGUAGGGAUCCUAAGACCGUCAUGGCCACCCUCUGCUUCUUUCGCUUCUGGCUUGGUUUUGGUUUUGGUGGCGAUUACCCCCUUUCUGCUACUAUUAUGUCUGAAUAUGCCAACAAAAAGACUAGGGGUGCCUUCAUUGCUGCUGUUUUCGCUAUGCAAGGAUUUGGUAUCCUCGGAGGUGGUAUCUUUGCCAUCAUUAUCUCUGCUGUAUUCCAGGCUUGUUUCAAGGCGCCAGCCUAUCAAGUGGAUCCCCUUGGUUCAACCGUUCCUCAAGCCACUGCAGAUAUGGAAAACGUUAUGCAGGUUGACAUUGGGACAGACCAAAAAGAGCCUGCUGUAAAGUCCGGCAAUGAAUUUGGUUUGUUCACGAAACAAUUUCUUAGGCGACAUGGUCUUCACUUGCUUGGCACAGCCAGCACAUGGUUUCUUCUUGAUAUUGCAUACUACAGCCAAAACUUGUUCCAAAAGGAUAUCUUCAGUGCCAUUGGAUGGAUUCCUGCUGCCAAGACUAUGAAUGCAAUUGAAGAGGUUCAAAAAAUUGCACGAGCCCAAACUCUUAUCGCUCUCUGCAGUACCGUGCCUGGAUACUGGUUCACAGUAUUCCUCAUUGACAGGAUUGGCAGGUUUACCAUUCAAUUGAUUGGUUUCACAAUGAUGACAGUGUUCAUGUUUGCUCUAGCCAUUCCUUACCACCACUGGACUCUCCCUGGCCACCAUAUCGGGUUUGUGGUCCUCUAUUCACUGACCUUCUUUUUUGCCAACUUUGGACCCAACGCCACUACAUUUGUCGUGCCUGCUGAGAUUUUCCCUGCUAGAUUGCGGUCGACUUGCCAUGGAAUAUCAGCUGCAUGUGGAAAGUUAGGGGCAAUGGUUGGUGCAUUUGGAUUCCUGUAUUUGGCUCAACCACAAGACAAGACCAAGGCUGAUGCAGGGUAUCCUGCUGGAAUUGGGGUGAGGAAUUCACUCAUUGUCCUUGGCGUAGUCAACCUUCUCGGAUUAUUUUUCACUUUCUUGGUUCCAGAAUCGAAGGGGAAGUCACUUGAAGAGAUGUCAAGGGAAAACGAAGACUCAACUGAGGAAGGAGCAGAAGUGGAGAAUCAUUCAUCCGAUAAUAGGACAGUUCCUGUGUAAAAGCAGUUACUAGUUUCAUCUCUUUCCAUUCUAUCCUUCAUAUGUUCUGCAAAGGUUCUAUGAAGCUAUUAGUG